UAUAUGUUCUACGCCCUGGCCAUCGUGUGUGAUGACUUCUUUGUCCCAUCCCUAGAGAAGAUCUGUGAGAAACUUCAUCUGAGUGAAGAUGUAGCUGGUGCUACCUUCAUGGCUGCAGGAAGCUCCACACCAGAGCUGUUUGCUUCGGUCAUUGGUGUGUUCAUCACCCACGGAGAUGUUGGUGUUGGGACUAUAGUGGGCUCUGCUGUUUUCAACAUCCUAUGUAUCAUUGGAGUGUGUGGACUCUUUGCUGGACAGGUGGUGCGGUUGACAUGGUGGGCUGUGUGCCGUGACUCUGUGUACUACACACUCUCUGUCAUCGUGCUCAUUGCGUUCAUAUACGAUGAGGAAAUUGUGUGGUGGGAAGGCCUGGUGCUCAUCAUCUUGUACGUGUUUUAUAUUCUUAUCAUGAAGUACAAUAUGAAGAUGCAGAUGUUUUUCACAACCAAACAAAAGAGCAUUGCAAAUGGUAACCCCGUGAGCAGCGAGCUGGAAGAUGGUAAUGACCUCUAUGAUGGUAGCUAUGACGACCCUUCUGUGCCAUUGCUGGGGCAAGUGAAGGAGAAGCCUCCCUAUGGCAAGACGCCUGUGGUGAUGGUGGAUGAGAUUUUGAGCUCCAGCCCUCCCAAGUUCACUUUCCCAGAGGCUGGCCUGCGCAUCAUGAUCACCAACAAGUUUGGGCCCAGGACCCGACUACGGAUGGCCAGCAGGAUCAUAAUUAAUGAACGUCAGCGGUUGAUCAACUCAGCCAACGGUGUUAAUAGCAAGCCACUGCAAAAUGGGAGGCACCAGAACAUGGACAAUGGAAAUAUUCCUGUGGAGAACCCUGAAGACCCGCAGCAGGGGCAGGGGCAGGGGCAGGAGCAGCAGCCGCCGCCACAGCCGCCACCCCCAGAGCCAGAGUCAGUAGAGACAGUCUUCCUGUCACCCUUCUCAAUGCCCGAGGCAAAAGGUGACAAAGCUAAGUGGGUGUUCACUUGGCCCCUCAUCUUCCUCCUGUGUGUCACUAUCCCCAACUGCAGCAAGCCCCGCUGGGAGAAGUUCUUCAUGGUCACCUUCAUCACAGCCACGCUAUGGAUCGCCGUGUUCUCCUACCUCAUGGUGUGGCUGGUGACUAUUAUUGGAUACACACUUGGGAUCCCUGAUGUCAUCAUGGGCAUCACCUUCCUGGCGGCAGGCACAAGUGUUCCAGACUGCAUGGCCAGCUUAAUUGUGGCAAGACAAGGACUUGGUGACAUGGCGGUCUCUAACACCAUCGGAAGCAACGUGUUUGACAUCCUGGUGGGGCUCGGCAUCCCGUGGGGCCUGCAGACCAUGGUUAUUAAUUAUGGAUCCACAGUGAAGAUCAACAGCCGGGGUCUGGUCUAUUCCGUGGUGCUGCUGCUGGGCUCCGUUGCUCUCACUGUCCUUGGCAUCCACCUCAACAAAUGGCGCCUGGACCGGAAGCUGGGCAUCUAUGUGCUGGUCCUUUAUGCUAUCUUCCUGUGUUUCUCCAUAAUGAUAGAAUUUAAUGUCUUCACCUUCGUCAACUUGCCCAUGUGCAGAGAAGAUGACUAAAGCUGAGCUGUUGCCCAGGAAACCGCUGUGGCCACCAUGAUGCUGGCGUCCUCUCUCUCUCUCUCCUUUUCCACACAGGUCUCUCCUGCCUUGGCAGCUGCUGUCAAUUCUUUCAUGAGCUGGAAGGAAGGGCCGCCAUGGGCCAGGCUGCUAGGCAUCUGUCCCCGCAGGGCAGGGCCCAGCCAUUAUUUGAGCAGUUCCACAGACUCUUGGCUGCCAGCUGCACGGUUGCAUCUGUCUCUUCUCUCUUGCACACUUUAGCCAAAAGGACUUCUGCGUGCUGUUUGUGUUUCUGUUACAUGGGCAGCCUCAAAAGUGAGUCAGUCAGUGACCAUGAGGUGUCCUAGAUGAGUGAAAAAUAGGACUGUGGUUGGCAAGUGUCACCUCUGGGCCUGGAGAAGGCAGAUUGUGUUACCAUGGGCAUCUGAGUCUGCUGGGAACACUGGAAACUUGGAAGAGACAAGGCAUCCACCUGCAGGGGGCUUGAGACCACUGCAGUUAUAGGAAACAUAGCAAGAGUGGAAAGAUAACUUCCCAGUAGAAGAGAGAAAAGCAAGCAAAUACUGUUAUGCUUUUUUUUUUUAAUUGACACGUUCAGAAAACGAGCAAUGAAAUAUUAAAAAUAAAAUGUCACAUAUAGAUCAUCAUACUUGAAGAAUGUCAUUCCACACAAAAGGAUCAUUGACGGGGACCAAAAAGGUUACCCUUGGAGAAAAAUGAAUCCUCUGUGUGUCAUCCCACGCUGGCUCCACGACAAUUUGGUUUGGAAUAGAGAAAAAGGUGGAAGACCACACAGAAACAGGUGCUAACUCAGAGACACAGUUGGGAAUGUAGUCAAGGCUACACAUUUCAUCCCUUAGGAUGCCAUGCGCCGUCCCAUCAGGUUUGUAACUUCUCUGGUAAUGCUCUGCUUUCAAAACCACCCGGUUGAAAGACACAAUUGUUCAUUUGCCCAACCAAUUGCAGAAGCGACGGUUAAUGACAAGAAGAGAGUGUCCACAGAUGGCCCUCUCUGGUUAGCUGAAGCCAAGUGGAAAAACGUAGAGUUUUUAAAGCUAAGUUUAUUCAACCUCAGAGUCUUCUACAGCAAGCAAAGGCCAGGGAUGGGAGAUGGACCCAAACACAGGAAAACAUGAAACAUCUUUGUAGCCCUGAAAUCUCUGUGUAAUGGAUUUAUGGCUAUAAACCAUUCCUGGGUUCUAAUGAGAAAGCACAAAUUAGUUUUAUAUAGUGAGGUUUUUAUUUUUUUAAUAUUUCUAUUGCAAAAGUCUAUCAGAUCUGAUGCACUUUGAAUGCUGAGAUAUUUUGCACAGUAGAAGGCACAGGGAAGACCCAGGGUAAUGAGAGAAGGGUGUUUAGUGUGUUUUAACCUUGGUGGCUACUGUAAAUCCAUGGUGGGAUCUGUAGCGAUGCUCUCUGAAUUUCAAGGGACAAAAUGUUCAAGCUUGUGGUCCCUAAAUUCCCUUAAGCAGAACUAUGAGGAGACCUUGAUCCCAUUACCAGCCUUCUAUUUGGGGUUCACAUCAGUAUUAGUAUCUUGACUGAGUCAAGACUUCACUUUUUGUCUAUCUGGAUAGGCUCAGUGGUCUUCGGAGUGAGAUAGUGUAAUUUCCUUUAAAAAGAAUAGCUACGCCUGAGGGAAGGAGCCUGAAUAUAAAUUCAUCUACAAGAGGCUUCAGAACUGAUCCACACCCUAGUAGCUCAUACACCACACACACACACACACACACACACACACACCUCUAUUGCAGGCGCAUGCUAGCUCUGAGUGCUUCUGUCUCCCCCUUGAGCCUCCUAACUUCUCUGUAGUGCAAGUAUGGGUUCUUUUCAUUUCAUCGG